AUGAUAGCGGCUGGCUUAAUUUGUCGAGGCUUGACGAAGGCGAUAUUUAGAAUGUUGAGUUGGGCUCUGACUCAAUUUAGUGCCCAGGUCCCACUUCAGAGACCUAGAAUGCUAACGGAUGAUAAUGGGAAGGUCCUGGGUCGGGGACACCGCGGCCCGAGUCUCACUCUAGUUAGGACGGCCCGUAGAUUUAUGCUCGCACACCCGGAAAGUGAGCAGCUAAGUACGCAACAUCUCUCGUCCACUUCACUGCAUACAGCACACUUAAGUCCGCCCGCAUCAGUGCGCGCUCUGGAACGCGACUGGCUUGCUCGGCUGCCCAAGGCAGGUUGACGGGCUCGCGCGGCGUAGUGCUGCGGUAUUUACAGUAGUAAACAAUUGUGAAAGUUUAAGCAACGGCUAGUGCAGCGGAUCACCAUUGGCACCUUUCGUCGAUGGCGCCCGCAAAUUGGUGAGAAGUUCCAUUAUGAUUCCUCAUGAUACCGAAGCCUUUGUCAGGCCGCGCGAAAAAUCCUUAUAGUUUCAUACUUCAAACAACACACUCGAGCCGCAGUAGACGUGAGCCAUUUGCCCGCACAACUUGUUAUCACCACCCGCAAACCUGUGUUGCUUUACCGGUGGCUCAUCGAGCUUGCAUACAACUGGACUCGUCGCACGCAUAUCUAUAGGGUCCGCGACUGAAACAGAACCGCUCCAUUUUCGUUAACAUCGCUCGACAUUCGGCUUCAGCAACAUUCCCACAGCCGGCUCCAGGCAGCGGGUAUUCUAACUGCACAGCGUAAUGAGGGCUAUCUCCCUCUUCGCGCUUGUGGCCCUGCUAUGGGCCGGGCGGAGCGCGGCGCAGUACGGGACCUCGGGUGUCCUCACCUUGAGUGGCGAGGGCCCCGCUGAAACCGGUGCCUCAAUGCUUCGCUUCCUCAAGGUCUUUGAGACCCGCCUGGGCGUUCCGGCACGCAUCACCUACCGCGUCACCACGUCUGUUGCGGCGGAUGCCAGCAUCUCCGCGGAUGUGGCUGCACAGACCGCAGCGAGCCCCAGCAAGCUGCAGUUCGCCAUGACGGAGCAGCCGCUCAGCUCCGCGCAACGGGCCAGCUUCAGCGGCAAUGCGGCGGUGGUGGGCAGCUCCGUCCACUUCCCGGUGUACGUCAACUCGUACGGCCUGUUCUACAACGUGCCCGGCAACCGAGUGACGCCACUCAACAUCACCGCCUGUCUGGCGGCGCGCAUUCUGACGGGGGACGUCCAAGAGUGGACACACCCAGACUUUCUGGACAAGAACCCGGGCUUCGUCAAGACCGGCACGGACUCGUACAAGAUCACUGUGCUGAUGGACACCGCGACUUCCGGCUCCACACUGGCGGUGCUGGGGUGGCUGGCCAAGGCCUGCCCCUCCGUUCCCGUGACCUACACCGGCGUGCGCGCUGACGCGGUUGCUGUCGGGUCCAACAUGAUCGCGUCCCUGCAAUCCACCGGCUACUCUUUCGGCUUCGCGAUGGGCAGCGUGGGCCGCGCCGCGUCCGUGAGCGAGUUCGCUGUUGAGACCGCCACGGCAGGACAGUACCUGCAGACUGGAUCCACCAACACGACCAACAUGCAGGUUGCGCUCGCGGCCGCCGUGCCUACCACCCUGUCCGGUGACUACUCCACCGCCACCGUCGUCUCGCUGUCCGCUGACCGCGUGGCGCCCAUCCUCACGGUGGGCUACCUGGUCACCAAGAGCGACUGGUCCACAGAGGGCCUGGAGGAGGGGCAGCGCGGCGAGCUGGUGCGGGCGCUGUGCGCCUUCUUCCAGUCAUCCACCAUCACCAGCAGCUCAACCGGCAUGCUGAACGACGCCGGCCUGCUCGCGCUGGGCUCGACGCUCGUCUCCGCUGUCAACAUCACGGCCUCCUCGGUGUUCGUCAGCCACCCCAGCGCCGUCAAGUACACCACCACCGACGGCGUGGGCGCGAACGUGGUGAGCUCAACCCGGUCCUCCUACGAGGUCACGACCUACCAAGACCUGACCGCGCAGAUGGCUGCAAUGAAGAAGCAGCUGGAUGUGGGCGCGGCGCGCGUCAUGCGUGGCGUGGGCUCCUCCGCCGUGUCGCUGUUCAUGUGGCGUGUGUUCGGGGAGCUCAAGGGGCGCAGCACCACGCCCCUGCACAUGGUGUACCGUGCCGCGGGCUCGGGCGCGGGCCAGGGCGAGGUGCUCGCCAAGGCUAACAAGUACCAGUCGCUUGUGGACUUCGGCGCGAGCGACACGCCCAUGCCCGACGCCACCUUCACCGAGCUCACCAACACCGCCAAGGUCCCCAUCGUGCACAUCCCCAUUCUCCUGGCGCCCAUGAACUUCUUUGUCAACAUCCCCGACAGCGCGCUACCCUCGCGCCUGAUCAAGAUGAGCCCGUGCACCAUCGCCAAGAUCAUGCAGGCUGAUAUCACCAGCUGGUCACACGCCGACAUCGCAGCCGACAACGGCGGCGUGGCCCUGCCCGACCAGCCCAUCACCGUGUUCUACCGCCAGUUGAGCAGCGGGACCACCGCCGUCAUCACCGAGUACCUCAACCGUGCCUGCGCGGGCACGUGGCGGUUGGGUUCGGGCGGCCUGCUGUCCAACUGGCCCCCCACCUUCAAGCCCACCGCCAACGCAGCCAACAUGAGUACCAGCGUUUUCACCACGUCCUGGUCGAUCGGGUAUAUGGAUGCCGCGAACGGUCUGGAUGUGAACCUGAUCGAGGUGGCUGUGCGCAACAAGGAUGGUAACUACGUCACCUCGCAGACCGGCGACGUGCCCGCUGCUGCCACAGCUCUCUUCAAGUCAGACGCCUGGCCCAAGUCGCCCCUACUAUCCUUCGCCUCGGUGUCUUGCCUCAACCAGCCCGGCGCCAACACCUUCCCCAUCGUGGCCAUGCCCUUCAUGUUUGUGCGCACCGACCUGACCAGCCGCGGCGACAGCGGCGCGCUGCUGGUGGCAUACCUGACCUUCAUGCUCGACACCUUCGCCCAGAACACCAUUGCCAAGGCCCUGGGCUUUGAGCCGCUGCCCACCGAGGUGCGCCAGUACACCACGGAGCGCGCACUGCCGCUCCUGCAGGUGGACACCCGGUCCAAGGCUUGGGUGUUUGAGAGCGGCUCCACCCUGUCCGGCGGCAAGGGCAGCACCGACAACGUGAUCAGCGGCUUCGGCGGCAACUACGAGAACCUCAACGCGCAGGGCUUCGCCGAUUUCUACAAGGCCUACAACCUGGCGCAGAAUCGCGCGCAAGCCACCAAGGCCGCGUCCGGCGGCAACAGCACCGGCUCCGGUUCGGGCUCGGGUGGCAACUACACAGCGGUGCUGUCCGGCAUUCCUCCAGACCUGAUCGACCAGUUGGAUAACCUGCAGAAACAGGUUGACAUCCUCAAGGCCGUCGCGAUCACGGCUGCUGUUUUUGGCGUCUUUGGUCUGUCGCUCGCCAUCUUCACCUCCUGCCGCAUGUUCGUACACAUGUCGCUGUGGGGCGGGGCGGGCGCCGCCGGCCCCGGCAGCAACUCAAUGGUCCACCCCGCGUCCAUUUCCAUUCUGGGCAGCAACGGCGGCGUGCGGCGGCAGAAGUCCAUCAGCAACUUCAGUGUGGGCGAGGGCAGCAUGGGCAGCGAAAAGAGCGUGUAGGCGGGUACAGGGUGCGAAGGCUGGGUGGCAGCGCGCUCCUGCGGUUCAAUAUUUGCUUCGCACUGUUGUUGGGCAGCUGUGCAUGCACCACGGCUUUCCACUGAGGUCGUUGCUCAGCAUGAAAAGCUGAAACCUUGUGCGGCGGGACAGGGCGAACACAACGGUGCGGUGGCCGCAAGAACAUGCAUGGCUCUUACAUACCUAUUUUGCUAUUAAAGGACAGGCAAGCAGCUGUUGUGAUGUGAACGUAUGCCCAAAUGCUUGUACGGUGCUCGUGUCUGCUGCGUGGCGCACUUGUGAUACGGGUGCGGACUUGUUCCUGGUGGGUUCGGGUAACAUGCCGUAAUCCGGAUAUGACGCAGGUUGGAUUUUCACGUUUAUGGACGCGGCACUCGAGAACCGCUUGUGUGAACACUGCAUUUUAGAUCAAUUGAUACAGGCCUUGAUUGUGACGCAACUAUGGCGGCGGAGAACAUUUCCUUUGGGGAACCUUGAUUUAUUGUACACUGAGUUGCAUUCAUAACGGUUCAGAACUCUCGCAGGCUUCUUCAUUUGCUUGCUAGGGGGCGACACGCAACUGCAUAAGAUGCGAGCCCGGUUGGGGCGGCGGGAUGUUGGGAGCAGAGUCAUUGCUGGUACUCGCGGGCGUAGGCGCACCAGUGGCCAUGAAAUACGUGUAUCCUUGCAAGGCUUGCCUGAGGCACGCGGCGGGAUUGGCCGUAAUAUGCAGGUAGUAUGGUAGUGUGGACUGCAGGCGCCGGGCCCUGCCCGGCCCCGCUAAAGCAGGGCCGUCAUGUGCCGCAUGGGCCGCAAUUUAAGCGCAGUUUCGUGAGUGGGGUCAGCGCAGUUUAUGCGCUGACGUGUGGUUCAGUGGUGGCACGGAGGGUGAAGCUGCGAUUGGGUACUGAUACAACCUGCCAGCAUGGCAGAAGCGAUGGUAGUAGUAGUAGUGGUAGCUACAGUGAUGGCGCCAUUGUACUGGAUUCAACACUGAUUGUCUGUUGUAACACUCCAGAGAGGCGCUACAGGUGAUGCGUGUAGGAUUGCAAUACGGACGUGUGCUCGUUACGCUGUGUUGAAGCAUGCACGUCAAGUAUUACUUAGGCCACGACGUCACGAAAACCAGAGUG